UGCAAGACGCUGAUAUUGCGUUACAGUAUAGCAAAAUGGCGGCUGUCAUUCAGAACCCACUAAAAGCGUUGGGUGACCAGUUCUACAAGGAUGCCAUUGAGCAGUGCCGCAGCUACAAUGCCCGCCUGUGUGCUGAGCGCAGCGUGCGCCUGCCCUUCCUGGACUCCCAGACCGGCGUGGCACAGAACAACUGCUACAUCUGGAUGGAGCGCCACCACCGCAGCCCUGGGGUGGCUGCAGGUCAGAUGUACACAUACCCCGCCCGCUGCUGGAGGAAGAAGAGACGGCUACACACUUCCAUGGACCCUCGGCUGCGCCUCUGUGGCCUACAGCUAGAUGGAGGACUCACAGGCAAGGAUACGCUUCCCACACAGGGCACCACGCUGGAGGCUCUUCUCAGAGGGGAGGGCCUAGACCAGAGGAACAACUCUAAGGAUGAGGAGAGUCUCCUAGAAAUCCAGAGGGUGUUGGAGGCUGACGCAGCUGAAGGUGCAUACCAUGACGAUGAGGACUAUGAAGUGGACACGCCCAAAAAAAGACACAGAGGAAAAGGCAGAGGUCGGGGUUCAGGCCGCAGGAGGACAGAGAUGGAUGACCAGGACAAGCCAUACAGCUGUAACAUCUGUGGGAAGCGCUACAGGAACCGUACAGGGCUGAGUUACCACUACACCCAUUCCCACCUGGCAGAAGAGAGGGGGUCCGAGUCCUCCCGAUUACCCUCCACACAACGCUCCAACAGACACAAACGUCAGAAGGGCCCAGGUGGGACUGCCAGUACCAAUAACUACUGUAACUUGUGCCAGUGCACCCCAGGCUCCAACAGGGGUAAAUCUGGGGAGAGGGUACCCUGCUCAGUCUGCCGGCGCUCCACUGGCCGCCCAGAAGAGAAGGAGGACAGCAGGCCGUUUGCCGGGGCAGAGGAAAUGUUUGGCACCACCUCAGAGAGCGACACGUCCACAUUUCAUGGCUUUGAGGACGAUGAGCUUGAAGAGCCCUCGUCAAACGGCAAGGGGACGUUCAACCGAUACAGAUAGAGAAGAACUUACUAGGUUUAAAUACUAUUUUUAAUAUGGAUAACCUCUAGCAAAAGUCUGCUGCUUCUUUUUAAAUGUUUUUUGUUGUUGUGGAAAGCACAAGUGAUUAUUUCAGGAGAGAAAUACAAGAAGUGUUAUUUUAUUAUCUACUGAACCUUGUUUAAUAAUUUAUGAACAUGUUUUUUAUAUUAACUUUGAAAGCAACUGACAGCGUUUCUUGACAAGUGACUUGCUCUCCAUGUGAAACGGAAGGAAGAAUCAUUUCUUGGAUUUUUUCCCCCCGGAACAGAAUAGGCAAUUAUGUUAUGAACAAACACUGGAAUGUGGAUAUAAUUGUAUUGCUCUUUUUGGGAUGAUUUGCCAGAGAAAAUGAAAUUCAAUAAUUUAUCUGAAAUUAAACAACUUAAAUGAUAAACUUGAGUUUGGAUGAGGAAUGAAUGUCAACACCAACCCAUCCCUCGGCUUGUUGAUGUCACUGGACUCACCAGGCAGUUUGGAAAGAGGAGCCUUUAGAUGACACCUCCACUGCUUCAUUCUCUGGAUUAUAAUAAUGUAAAAAUGAAGGAGGGAAGUGAAGGAUUGACGUGUGUGGAUGAAGCGGAGGGCUGGGAAGACAUAUCAGAAGCAGGGCAUGGCUAGCUGAAAGGAGUACCAUGGCAUGAGGAUCCAGAGGGCUGUGCAGCAAGUGAGGGGUGAGGUUCAGGACCCUCAACACUGGGCCUCAACACACCCCUCUACUGGACCUGAAGAACCUAUCAGGCUGACAGUCAGACACCAAACAGCCAUCCAACAGCUAUCCAGCCAGCCUGCCAGCAACCACAUAACCCCCUGAGACGUCAUCACUGUGCCAGCCUGCGACCCAGGUGGGAAACCAGCUCUGACGGCCAUGAUGACCCAGUGACCUGACUGAACACAUUUACAUUUUAGCCAUUUAGCAGACGCUCUUAUCCAGAGCGACUUACAGUUAGUGAUUACAUAUAUU